UUGAAAACUUAAGAUCAGAUACAAGAACUACCCCAGCCCAUUUAUAUCAUCAAGAUCAAGUAGAAGAAAAGCGUCUCAAGAUGUCGCUGUCGGAUGCAACCGGAAAAAAUACGAACGCGCAUGAGAUAAACGCGCAUGAGAAAAAGAUCAGGAUCAACAUCGAGGUGCAAAAUAUGUUGUCUGGGGACGUGCUCGCCCUAGACGACAUGCCACUCGAAGAUGCCAGCAUCUACGACCUGAAGUGGAUGAUUGCCUACGCUUUGUCAGUCUCUCCUGAGCAUAAGGGUCCGUUCAUUCCGGCUAGCCUGAUUCACGUCGGGAUGAAGGAUGUGCAAGAGGCUUCCGAGGAAGAAGCGGGGAACAAUGGCAGCGUGCCGAGUGGAUCCGAAGAACAUCUUCAGGACCAAGAUGUCACGACAAAAAUGGAACAGCUUGAGCUGACGGUGACAGAAAGAGUCGAAGCUUUCGUGGAUGGCGCAAAGUCGGUUUCUCUCAAAUCUUUUCUUGGUUUGAAGGAGGACGAGCAGUGCUGCCAAGCGCCGGAGAGUAAAGAUGAGAGUGGAGGAAAGGGAGGCAAUUGUUCGAAAGAGGUUCCGAGACACAAGAUUACGUACCUGGUCAAGUCGCCACUAAACCAGUUCUCUCUCAAGACUUUGCCGGCGGCGAAAGAGGCGAUUUUCGACCUGAGGGAUGCAGUAGAGAACUUUUAUUGUGGUUGGAAUUGGGAAUCGAAUUGUUGGUGCUGCAGCUGGGAUUCGUAUAAAUUGGACCAGGAUGAUUGGCAUUGUUGGUGCUGCUGGGAUUCGUGGGCUUCGGCGGUAAGUCUCUGCCGACACAUGCAUCUGGCGCAACAUGAUGACGCCGACCUUGUGACCGAGGUAUUGCACCAAUUACUCGCCAACGCCGAGGACGUGCGCACGACGUGGGAAGAGUGGAGGGCGAUACUGGAAGAUCUUGCGUGGACAUGCAAGGUGCGGCCGGUUCUUAAAAUGGUGAUGACAUUGUUUCCUGAUGCAAGGGAAGAACUGGCGGACCUGUUCGUUGGAACAGGGGUCACGGCCAGCGAGAUAAAGAUGGCGCUUCUGUAUAGAAAGGAAGCAGACGUCGCUGAAAUCCUGAAGCACAUGGGUGUCGCUACCGUUCAACGUAUCGCGGAGGAAGAGCUGGCGGAGGUGAGUACGAGGAUUCCUGAGGACGAGGGAGAGGGCCCAGGAUUGCAAGGACGGCGCCGCCAUUCGUUUAUGCUGGUUUGAGCGAGAUUACUUAGACCAAGGGAACAGCGUCGGGGCCGGUAGUUCGGUCUUCUCUUCACUUGGGGGCUGCGCAUCCUACACGCAGCGCUGUCAAGUCACGGCAGUGCUUCCAUUCGCGUUCUCUUCUCUAGUACUCUCCUCUCUGAUUCUCUGUUCUCUUUCUCUGGUUCUCGAUUCACAGUACUCUAUUUCUCGGUUCUCCCACACUUCCCUCCCAGGCUUGGGCACCUCUCACUUCGCAGGCAAUUCUCGGUGCUCUUGCCUCGGAACUUGGCCGUUGCCCAAAACCGCCGUAGCGGUUGCCAUUCUCGACCUCCUGGUUCACCAAGUAUUAGAAUAAUUUAGCGAACGGGUGUAGGAUGGACUUGGAUGGGUCGGAUGGAUCGGGUCG